AUGGAUGCUUUUGAAAAUUCAAGGAUCUAUAAGGAAAAGACCAAGGCUUUCCAUGACAAGAGCAUUCUGAAAAGAGAGUUCAAGGAAGGAUACCAAGUUCUUCUUUACAACUCUAGACUGAAGUUGUUCCCAGGAAAGCUCAAGUCAAGGUGGUCCGGUCCAUUCAAGGUCAAGGAGAUCAGACCUUAUGGGGCUAUUGUUUUGUGGGGUACUGAUGGAAGAGACUUCACAGUCAACGGGCAAAGAGUUAAGCUCUACAUGGCCACAGCACCAAAGGAAGAUGGAGUCUCAACUCCACUUUCUAAUCCCACCCCGGCCUAA